CCCUUUGACUCCACUUGUAGGUGCCCUUGCUGGGCUCCUGUGCACUGCCCCACACCCUGCUCUGUCACCAGCCCCAUUGUGAUGUCAUAAGAGCCCAGCUGCCCACCCACAGACUAGUGGGUGACUCAGGAGUACCCUCUCCAUUUCUUACUCUGACUUUUGUCCGAGCGCAUCUUGUAUGCUAUGGGAAAUUCCCUAAGCAAAUUGUUUUCCUUUAUCUGCCACAGGGUCUGGCAGCGGUGGCAACCACGACGGUCUCCUCUUGUCCAUGCGGACUUUUCGGCUGGCCGGCUUCACCCCGCAGCUCCUGUGCAUGUGCCUGCCCCGCGAGCCCUACAAGGUUCCCGAUUCCUCUUGUUCCCUCCGCGAGGUCUUGGGCCUUAUUUUCCAUCGAGCUCCAAUUUCACCAGGAACUCGAGCGCCCUACUGCGGGACCUGCCUCCUCUUGCCUGGAGCCCGCCCUCAAGGAAGAAACCCGUGCUACGCCACUUCGCACGCGAGGGACCCGUGAAGAUCCCUCCUCCAAGCCUAACGUUUCCACUCCGACUGCCUCCCCUGCAAGUGCCGGCCCCGAUCCUGAAGACCGCGGUGAGAGCAGAAGAUGGUGAAGAACCCAUGGAGGUGGACAAUCCGGUAGGGAUCCUGAAGACGGCGGUGAGAGCAGAAGAGGGUGAAGAACCGAUGGAGGUGGACGAUCAGGGCCUUGGAGUGCCCAGCGCACCCACCCCUGCAGGAGGCGUCCUUCCCUUUGGGAAGCCUGACCCAGCUCCAGCAGCGCUCCCUGGCCCAGUUCCCGGCUGUUCCCAUUGGCCAGACAAGGCGGCCUCUCUGGUACUGGGGAAAGACCACCAGCCCAGCUCCUCAGCCGAGCCGAUGGAGUGGGAGGCGACCCAGCACAAGGAUCCUCCAGCUGUUGCCACAAAGGGUCCUUCUAAACCAAGGGCUGCCAGCCGCAGUUCGCGACAACCAAAAUGGUUAGUGCAACCCCAGCAGCUGCGACUGGUCCCUCCGCAGCAAUGGAGGUGGGGGAGAAACGAGGGGCCCCCACCCGUUAAACGUCCCAGCCGAUCCGUGAAAGGAUUCAUGGACACCGGCAAGUCAAGUCGAACAACAUCAUCCAGGAGACUGAAAAAGAAAUAUGGGAAGAAAUUACAGUAAACUGCAAUGCCAGCCCGCCUGCCCCAAUGUCUCCCCACCUGCUCUCCCUGCCCCAGGCCACCUACCUGUCACAGAUCCCAACUCCUUCUACCUCUGACUUUACCCAUGUGGCUGCUGGGCCCCUCAUCCUGCCCGCCCCUUAGCUUUUGACCACACCAAGAAUUGAGUAAAAAUUGAUAUCUAUGGCCGGGCACGGUGGCUCAAGCCUGUAAUCCCAGUACUUUGGGAGGCCGAGGCGGGUGGAUCACGAGGUCAAGAGAUCGAGACCAUCCUGGUCAACAUGGUGAAACCCCGUCUUUACUAAAAAUACAAAAAAUUAGCUGGGCAUGGUGGCGCGUGCCUGUAAUCCCAGCUACUCGGGAGGCUGAGGCGGGAGAAUUGCCUGAAUCCGGGAGGCAGAGGUUGCGGUGAGCCGAGAUGGUGCCAUUGCACUGCAGCCUGGGUAACAAGAGCGGAACUCCAUCUCAGAAAAAAAAAAAAAAAAAAGUCAGUCCUGGCCAAUCCCAGUGGCUAUACUUAAACAAUUCAUAAACCAAUGAGUGUUCAUACUGUGUUCAAAUAAGGCAAACGCCGAGCUGUAACCAAUCCAGCCAUUCUGUAUCUCGUUUCCAAUUUCUGUACGGUAAUUUCCUUUUUUGUGUGUAAAUUUUCCACCAUAUGGCUGUGGCUGGGCUGGAUUCUCUGUGAAUCUGCUGUGAUUUUGGGGCUGCAAGAUUCGUGAAUCAUUCAUUGCUCAAUUA